AUGAUGAUGCCCCAGGAGUGUGAGCUCCCAGUGAUAGACCUGAGUCAGCAGGGUGCAGAGGAGCGCAUAUUCUGGGCCGUCAAAGAAUAUGGACUCGUCCAGGUGGUGGACCAUGGGAUCAGGAGUGAGCUGCUUGCGAAGACGACCGGGGAGCUGGUUAAGCUGUUUGGAACACCCGUCGAGACCAAGGCCCACCGGGGCCUCCUCAACAACUCCUACCACUGGGGCACUCCCAUCGCCACCUCCUCCACUCAAUUCUCCUGGCCUGAGGCCUUCCAUGUCCCCUUCAUGAAGAUACAUGACCCCUCUUGCUACGGGCCAUUCAUCUCUCUCAGAGAACUUAUGAUGGAGUUGGGCCCCGCCAUGUCCAGGCUAGCCAGGAUGCUGGCCGGGGUCCUAGCAAAGAAACUCGGGCAUCAGGGCUGCAGCAUGUUCAACGACAUAUGCGAUGACAGCACGUGCUUCCUCCGGCUGAACCACUACCCAGUGUGCCCGCUCUCGCCGGAGACGUUCCGGCCGGUGCCGCACGUGGACAGUGACUUCCUGACCGUUCUCUACCCGGACCAGGUAGGAGGCAUCCGGCUCCGCAAGGACUCCCGAUGGGUCGUGGUCAGGCCCAACCGUGGCGCUCUCGUCGUCAGCAUUGGAGACCUUCUUCAGGCGUGGAGCAAUGACGUGUACAGGAGUAUGGAGCGAAAGGUGCAGAUAAACAGCGAGGUGGAGAGAUACUCCGUUGCUUUCUCCCUCUGCCCUUCGCCUGACUCUCAGAUCGGGAACUACAGAAAGCCCUCCGUCUACAGAAAGUUCACUUUUGGUGAAUACCGGGAGAAAGGCCGUAUAUAUGGUCUUCCGCAUUUCAGGCAAACGGAGAGGGUUGACGUCUCCACAGAGUUGGUGCUCCAAAACGACCCGUGGAUGAUCAUGAAGGAGCUAACGAUAAGCGACCUCAACGACUUGUCGUGGCUCCUGCUUCCGCUGGGCUGCCUGAAGGCCCACGUGUUCCCGCAGAUGGACGAGGAGAUGCUGAGGCAGGUCGUGAGCAAGGAGGGGAUGCAGGUCGUUGGGAUGGACGUGGACACAGGCUGCAAGCACUGGUUCGUGUUCCGCCGCUGGGGGUCGUCCAGGAGCUACGUGCUGAACGGUGGCUGGACCAAGGAGUUUGUCGAGAAGAAAAGGUUGAAGGUCGGGGACCAGAUCGGGAUGGUCUGGUUCAUGUCCUCUCGCAUGUUCUACUUUAAGGUCUUUCACAGGGCCGCUGCUUGA